UUUAGGUUUAGCAACGGUAAAUGAAAUACGUGGCAUAAGGCGCCCAUUUUUUGUGUAAAUUGUCUGUGUUAUACCUGUUUAUUGUCAUCGUCAAAAGUUGAGUAAAAUUGGAUUUUGCUGGGAAAAAAGGAAUAAUCAUGGAACAGAGAAAAUCAACAGAAACAAAGGAUGUUAACGACAACAACGAAAUUCCUGUAAAUGAUCGCAGCAAUAGUGCAAAGCGUGAACAUUCGCAUGGUACGACAACCACAGAUAAAAGCUUAUCUGGAAAUCCGACUCCAUCGCAAAAUAUUCAAAAAGGAAAUGCGUCACAUGCAAGUGAAGCAGCAGAAGUAGCUUACUCACCAAGUCGCUCUCCGCCAAGUAAAAAAACUACCAGCAUGGUUGAGUCUGCAGAGGCGAACAUUGCAGCAACAAACAUGGCUCUUGCUCACGAGAUUGCUCUCAGUGAUUUCAAACUUCCAGAUCCAAAUGAAGAGCAAAAGGCUGAACAGCAACCAACUACUCCUGAAGGUAAAAUCUAUAAAGUGAUUCAAGAAACGAUGCACCGAGCUUUUUGGGAUAGUGUAAAGAAUGAUAUGGAGCUUGAACCACCAGUGUUUGAUCACAUCUUUGUAUUGAUAAAGGAAAUAAAAGAAAUCCUUCUUUCACUGCUUCCAGCUAACCGCAUCACAUCAUUACAUACAAAGAUAAAUGAAGGGUUGGAUUUGGAUUUGCUGCGGCAACAAGCAGAUCACGAUAGUUUGGAUGUGUGGAAACUAUCAUCAUUCGUCAUUGAUUUAAUGGCAUCCAUAUGCGCUCCUGCUCGUGAUGAGGAAGUCAACAACCUUCGAUCUAUUAAGGAUGUGGUGGAUCUUUUUAAGGGAAUCUACAGAGUGUUGAACUUGUUGAAGAGAGACAUGGCAAACUUCGCUAUCACAUCCAUUAGACCUCACGUGCAACAACAACAUGUCGAAUACGAAAGAACUAAGUUCGCACAAAUUUUAGCCGGUUUACCCAAUGGAUUGGAAAACACAGAGAAUUGGUUGAAUGAGGCGCGCAAGGAAAUCCAAAUGGAACAAAAAGAAAGUGCGUCGGCAUCCACACCAAGCACCCCUAUAAGUCCUCUCGCUCUGUUGAAGAAGUCUUACUUCAAACUACUUGACUGGAAUCAUAAAACGAGGCCGUUUCCAGAGACUGUGUUCAUGGAUGAACAUCGCUUCAUGAUCAUCCAAUCCGAGUUUAAACGGAUCCUCCUGAUCUCCUCCAUCCUUCUUACAUCACUCACAAACUUCGGAGCAGCUCUCUCCUCCCAGCAAGUGUUCACGAGUAAAUUAAAAGAAGAUCUUCUCGUUCUUAUUACACCAGAUCAGAUUUCAGAAGACCACCUACCUGAACUCCUAAGCAGCAUAUUCGAGCACGUGUGGGACUCUGUAUCUAAGUUCGUGGAAGGAAAAUCAACUGCCUUGGUAGCGUGUACUGCUCCAAUCAACAAGGAAAAUCUAAAAACAAAAAUUGAAAACUUGUCAAAACUUCGAGAAAAUCCAGUUUACAGCAUACUUGAGAAACGGGGUCGUGGAUAUCUUCACACUGUGGCUGAACACCUUGCAAAGAACAAGAGUAACAGUGGACCGCACGAAAUACCGGUUCCCGCCGGAUUUCAGAUGUUUCAAGGGGAAAUUUUGUCGCUGGCAAUUAGUUACGCAAAGUUAGUAAAUCUAAACCAGCUUGUGUACGGGCCUUUCUAUGUACCACUGCUCAAGAAGGUUCUAGACAUCAAAGAAAAAGCGAACACAAACGAAAAUACAAAAUCGGAUACCCCUAAAACUGAACCUUCUGAAGCUGCCACGCCAACGCAAACAGCGGGUAGUGGCCAAGCAUCAACUACGUCAUAACCACCUCAUUAUUACGUGCCCUUUCAGUGUUGCCGAACGCUUGAUGACAUCAUAUUGCUGGAUUUAAAACAAUCAUAUUUGCGACGUACCAUGUCGUUUUAUUAUCGCGUUUUAGCGAUUUUCAUUUUGACACUUUUUACAUGGAAACACUGCGGUGACGUCAUCUUUUACGAAGAAUCUUUUAUUCGCGCAAAGGUUUAUUUUUUUACUCGGUUUUCUUUUUGGACAGCCAACAGUUGAGUGUUGCACUACCUUUUGUGCCCAAGCUAGUUUGGUUUGCACAAAUAUUGCGUUUUCCUGUUUUUUUUCCCUGGCCUUAUUUGCUCGUCACUAUUGUAAUGAAAUAUUGUAACAUGUAAAUUGUUAUGUGGAUUUUAAUACAAGCAUCGUAGCUGUGUUCA